AUGGAGUACUGGUCAUCACGUUUGAUGUUUCUCAUUACCCUUGUACUCCUCCUUUCUCAAUCUUUAAUCGACUCAUCGACUCCUUCACCUUCUAAUAAUUUGUUGUGUCAUCCUGCCGAGAGCUCUGCUCUGCUCCAAUUCAGCAACUCCUUUAUCAUCAAUCCAAGCAUGUUCGACUUUGUAAUGAAGCCCAAGACAGUCUCUUGGAAGAAUGGCACAGAAUGUUGUUCAUGGGAUGGAGUGUCAUGUGAUCAUAUUUCAGGUCAUGUAAUUGGCCUCAACCUCAGUUCUAGCGGUCUUCAAGGCCCUCUUCACUCCAACAGCACCCUUUUCUCACUUCCCCAUCUCCAAACUUUAAUCCUUGACGACAAUAAUUUCUCUUGCUCUCCAAUUCCUCCUGAAAUUGGCAAUUUUGCCAACAUGAAAACGCUUAGUCUCUCUUUUGCCAACUUUUCUGGUUAUGUCCCUGAAGAAAUUUCUCACCUCUCUAAACUUUCUCAUCUCACCAUUUAUGGUAAUUUCUAUGAUUGUCAUUUUUUGAUGGGGCCAUUUGUCUUGAAAAAAAUGCUUCAAAACUUCACCAAUCUCAUGGAACUUACUAUGUAUAACAUCGACAUGUCUGGUGUUGAACUAGUUAGUUCUUUCAUGAAUGUGUCUUCUUCCUUGACAACUCUUGAUCUCUAUGAGUGUGGAUUGCGAGGGAAAUUCCCAGAAAAUGUCUUUCGCUUACCAAAUCUUCAGGAGCUGAGUUUAGGAAUCAAUCCACAUUCACCUUUUAGUGGUAAUCUUACUGGUUCUCUGCCUAUGUUUAAUUGGAGUAGUCCACUCUGGCACUUAGAUCUUUCUCACACAAAAAUCUCUAUUGAUUUACCUUACAUGUGUUCAAGUGCCAAGUCUUUGCAGAUUUUGUAUCUUUCAAAUUGUAGUUUUAAAGGAUCAUCAAACAAUGCAAUGUUGACUAACCUCACUCAAUUAGUGGAACUCACUUCCUUACGCAUCGAUAGCAACAAUCUUGGAGGUCAAAUCCCAUUGUUUUUUCUCAAUCUUCAGCAGUUGGCCUUUUUGGAUCUUUCUCGCAACAAUUUUGUUGGUAAGAUUCCUGAAUUUCUAAAAGCAAAUUCCUCACUACAGUUGAAUUUAGUGGAACUCAUCAUAUCUGAUAACUUGCUUAGUGAGUCAAUACCUUCCUGGGUAUAUUCUCUUCCAUAUUUAUAUUCUUUGUCGCUGAACAAUAAUAAGCUUAUUGGCCCAAUUAAAGAAUUCCAUUCUAAAUCUCUUGAAAUACUUGAGUUGGGUUCUAAUAAACUACAUGACCAGAUUCCAAACUCAAUAUUUCAACAGAAAAACCUACGAGACCUAGAUCUCUCACACAAUAAUUUGGAUGGUGUUUUAGAGUUAAACAAGUUUUCAAUGUUGAAAAAUCUUCGGAGUCUUGACCUUUCUUUUAACAAUUUCACCGUCUCCACAUAUAAAUACACCAACAAUGAUUCAUUUCCUCAACUUUCUGAUUUGGGUUUGGCUUCAUGCAACAUUAGAGAAUUUCCAUAUUUUCUUAAGAACAUGAAAAGCUUACAAACACUACAACUUUCCCAUAAUCCAAUUCAGGGUAGGAUUCCUGAAUGGCUGUGGAACGAGGGAACAUGUUCGUUGUCUGGAUUGAACAUUUCUCACAACUUCUUAACAAGUGUACAGAAAAUUCCAUGUAAAAGCCUAGACACUGUAGAUCUUCGCUCUAACAUGAUUGAAGGGUCUCUUCCUACUAUUCCACCUUCAGUGAGUAUUUUUUUCAUCUCAAACAAUGCUCUAUCUGGAGAGAUACCCUCUACAUAUUGCAAUUUGAGUGAGUUGGAAAUCCUUGAUGUCUCCAACAACAGUAUUCAUGGAAAAAUUCCUUCAUGUCUUGGAAAUAAGUUCUCUCUCUCGGUUUUAGAUUUGCAUACGAAUAAUCUUAGUGGAGAAAUCCCUCGUGACAUGUUUGAAAAGUUAACUAAUUUGAGGAGUUUGCACCUUAGUAACAAUCAUCUAGAUGGACCCCUGCCAAGUUCUCUGCGUAGUUGCCAAAGCUUAGAAGUUUUAGACGUGGGAAAUAACAAGAUAAACGAUACCUUCCCUCAUUGGUUGGAAGCUCUUCCAAUGCUUCGAGUUCUUGUUUUGAAAUCCAAUAGAUUCCAUGGUUUCAUAAGGCCACCUAAGGUUGAACAUCCCUUUCAGAAGUUGCAGAUCAUGGAUCUCUCUAACAAUGAAUUCAUUGGUCUAUUACCAACAAAGUAUUUUGAGAGUUUCACGUCUAUGAUGGAUGGACAUGCCACUAGAAACCUGACACACAUAGGAGAAACAUAUUACCAAGAUUCUGUGAAUUUGGUAGUGAAAGGUCAUGAACUUAUACUUGAAAAAAUCAUAACUAUUUUUGUAACAAUCGAUUUUUCAAGAAAUAACUUUGAAGGAGCGAUUCCGGAGUCGAUUGGACAGCUGAAAUCUCUUAAAGGGCUCAACUUUUCUCAAAAUAGACUAGAGGGUUCUAUUCCUAUCUCAUCGAUAAACUUAAGUAAUCUUGAAUGGUUAGAUCUCUCUUUGAAUAAGCUGGUUGGGGAGAUUCCUAGUAAAAUGAUGGAUCUGACACAACUUUCAUACUUAAACCUUUCACAUAACAAAUUGGUAGGACCAAUACCUCAUGGAAACCAAUUUGAUACGUUCAAUGAAGAUUCAUAUAGUGGAAACGUGGAAUUAUGUGGGCCUCCUUUAUCAAAAUCAUGCAACAAUGGGAUGCAACAAGAUGGUGAUCAUGGCGAGAAACAUACGGAUCACAUAAUCUUUGAUUGGAAAAUUGUGAUGAUAGGAUAUGGAUGUGGACUAAUUAUCGGGAUAUCUGUGGGCUACAUGGUGCUUUACAGUGAAAGGUUCGAUUAUUGGCUUUACAAAAAAGUUGAAGGACGACGAAGACAAAAACAAAGACUACGUCGCCAAACAAAUACUCGUCUAAGAAUGAUGAGCUAGAUUGUCAAACCGGCCAGCAAGCUUGUGAUGAAGGAAAUUGUUGACUUUCGAGAGAAGGGACAGAGUUGAUGAAGUUUGCUGUGUCUGCAAUAGCUUUUAAUUUGUUUAGACUAACGUGUGAACCUCAUCUUAUUCUCUUGUUCAAAAAAUCUUGUUUCCCCAUGCCGAUGUAGUCAUUGAAGAGGAAAUUGAAUGUUUUAUUUUCUUUUUCAAAUAUAUAAUUGUAGUUUACAUGUCAUGCCUAAUAUUGGAGCUUUCGUAUCUAUCCAUUUUUAAUAAAAUUAUGAAUCACACGUUUGUUUAUGAAGG